CUUGUCGUGGUCCUGCUGCAGAAGUAGGACACGUGCGCAACUUCUACCAGGAGGGGGAAUGCGCGCCUCCUAUGGAGCAAACCGGAGUCGGGAGGGAGAUACCAGGGGGGCAUCUUCAGGAAUCAGUAUCCUCUACUUUGCCAUCACUCACAACGAAUCGCGGAACCGGGAAGUACCCUGCUCAAAAAUUGCAUACAAGAGAAGAGACACCACGCCUACAAGAUGAUGAUGAAGGGAUAGAGAAAACACAUACUCAACAACAAAGAGCUGAAGUUCCUACUUAUAGUCUUCAUCAAGCAAAUAACGAUAACCUGAACCUUUUCAACACAGCUACAGCGAGCGGAUCUUUUUCAUCCUUAGCCUCCGCUUAUUCUCCG